UAUUUUUGCCCCCAACAUUAGCUUUCAUGCCUACUAAACUGCCAGUACCUUCUGUUCAUUUAGUAUUUUUUGCAAUCCACUUGAUAUGUCUACUUGGCAAACCCGAGAAGGAACUGUAAGGUUGAUGUGCGCUGCUCUCUUCACAUGAUGGUUAUCACUCCUGACAAGGUCACUGUGCGAGUCUGUCAGUGUGUCCUUGCGYAUGUUUUGUGCAAGUGGAUUCAAGCACAUUUGGAGAAAAAAAGGGCGGGGGGAUCUUCAGUUUGCUUUUAAAGGUCUUUCAAACACCUGUCAAUGAUUGGCUGAAAGAGGACCCCUUCUGCUGGCUGUUAUUGAUGAGUGGAAAUGGAGAGGGGAGUGUGGAGAGUGACUUGCAUCUCUGCACAUGUUUUCAAUCUUUCUAAUGUUCAGGUAAUGCUUGGAGAAUCUAUACCAUUUGAUAAACAUCAGUUGGUAGUUUCUUAAGGGGAAAAGCAUGAUGAAUUGGCAGAGGGAUGGAUAGUGUUUCUUAAAUGUGGAAAAGACAAACAGCAAACAAGAAGCUUCCAUCUCUCUUUGUUUUCACAGCUCUAAAGAUUGAUUGUCCAUUGUCCAGGAUAUAUGAGUGCUUCCAUCAUAUCAUGGAUCACAGCACAGAGAGAAAGUGRCACAUGUCAGACGUUGAUGGACACACGGGUGGCCACAGCAGAACUGGGCUGGACGGCGUAUCCUAACUCUGGGUGGGAGGAAGUGAGUGGCUACGAUGAAAACCUCAACACCAUCAGGACCUACCAAGUGUGUAAUGUCUUCGAGCCAAGUCAAAACAACUGGCUCCUCACCACUUUUAUUGACCGCCGUGGAGCGCAACGCAUCUAUGUGGAGAUACGAUUCACUGUGCGUGACUGCAGCUCCAUUCCAAAUGUCCCUGGCUCCUGCAAAGAGACAUUCAAUCUGUACUACUAUGAAACUGAUGCUGUCAUUGCCACCAAAGGUUCGGCCUUCUGGAUGGAGGCCCCUUACCUCAAGGUGGACACCAUUGCUGCAGACGAAAGCUUCUCACAGGUAGACUUUGGUGGACGCCUGAUGAAGGUCAACACAGAAGUGCGUAGCUUUGGCCCGCUUUCCAAAAAUGGCUUCUACCUGGCCUUUCAGGACUACGGUGCCUGCAUGUCUCUGUUGUCAGUCAGAGUGUUCUAUAAGAAGUGCCCAAGUGUGGUCCAAAACUUUGCAAACUUUCCGGAGACCAUGACUGGGGCAGAAAGCACAUCCCUAGUCAUUGCCAGAGGGAUUUGCAUCCUAAACUCAGAAGAAGUAGAUGUCCCUAUAAAGCUCUACUGUAAUGGAGACGGAGAAUGGAUGGUCCCUAUUGGUAGCUGCACUUGCAAGGCUGGAUUUGAACCUGACAAUGGCAAUGUCUGUCGUGCAUGCCCACCGGGUACCUUCAAGUCAACCCAAGGUCCAGGUCUGUGUCUCCAGUGCCCUUCUAACAGCCGCUCCACAGCUGAGGCCGCCACCGUUUGUGUGUGCCGCAAUGGUUAUUACCGCGGGGACGGCGAUCAGCCAGAUGAACACUGCACCAGUGUUCCAUCCAGCCCGAGAAAUGUGAUCUCCAUCGUGAACGAGACCUCAGUAAUCCUUGAGUGGCACUCUCCCAGGGAGACAGGCGGUCGGAAUGAUGUCGUCUACAAUAUUGUGUGCAAGAAGUGCCGAGCCGACAGACGCUCUUGUUCCCACUGCGAUGACAACGUGGAUUUUGUUCCUCGACAGCUGGGUCUGACAGAGACCAGGGUCUUCAUCAGUAACCUACUGGCUCACACACUGUACAGCUUUGAGAUACAAGCUGUGAAUGGUGUCAGCAAUAAGAGUCCAUACCCAGCACAGCAUGUCACCAUAGACAUCACUACCAACCAGGCUGCCCCAUCCAUAGUUCCCAUCAUGCACCAAAUCAGCUCCACCAUGAAUAGCUUCACACUGUCAUGGCCUCAACCGGAGCAACCCAAUGGGAUCAUUCUCGACUAUGAGCUGCGAUACUAUGAGAAGGAUCAUGCAGAGAUUAAUUCCACUGUGCUGCGCAGCCAAGCGAAUACUGCCCGUGUGGAGGGCCUCAGGCCGGGUACUGUCUACGUGGUACAGGUGCGAGCGCGGACUGUGGCUGGCUUUGGCAAAUACAGCAGCAAGAUGUGCUUCCAAACCCUCACAGAUGAAGAUUUCAAGUCUGAAUUGAGAGAACAGCUUCCUCUGAUUGCGGGGUCAGCAGCUGCUGGAGUGGUCUUUAUUGUUUCCCUCAUUGCCAUUUCCAUUGUGUGCAGCAGGAAACGAGCGUACACCAAGGAGGCGGUGUACAGUGACAAGCUGCAGCAUUACAGCACAGGAAGAGAACUCUCUUUGCGAGCCGACAUGUCUAACUGCCCCUCCCCACUGGGCUGCCCGACCCACUUCUCAGGCUCCCCGGGAAUGAAGAUCUACAUUGACCCCUUCACCUACGAGGACCCCAAUGAAGCUGUUCGAGAAUUUGCCAAAGAGAUUGACGUCUCCACUGUCAAGAUAGAGGAGGUCAUUGGUGCAGGCGAGUUUGGAGAAGUGUACAAGGGCCGUUUGAAGCUCCCCGGCAAGAGGGAGAUCUAUGUGGCCAUCAAGACCUUGAAGGCUGGCUAUGUGGAGAAGCAGAGGCGAGACUUUCUGUCCGAAGCAUCAAUCAUGGGCCAGUUUGACCAUCCAAACAUUAUCCGUUUGGAGGGUGUAGUCACAAAGAGCCGACCUGUCAUGAUUGUCACAGAAUUCAUGGAGAAUGGUGCCCUCGACUCAUUCCUCCGGCAAAAUGAUGGUCAGUUCACAGUAAUCCAACUGGUAGGAAUGUUACGUGGGAUCUCAGCAGGGAUGAAAUAUCUCUCAGAAAUGAAUUAUGUUCACCGAGACCUAGCUGCACGGAACAUUCUUGUCAACAGCAACUUGGUGUGUAAAGUUUCCGACUUUGGUCUGUCACGCUAUUUACAAGAAGACACAUCUGACCCCAGUUAUACCAGCUCUCUGGGUGGAAAGAUACCGGUGAGGUGGACGGCACCAGAGGCUAUCGCUUACAGAAAGUUCACCUCAGCCAGUGAUGUGUGGAGUUAUGGCAUUGUCAUGUGGGAAGUGAUGUCAUAUGGAGAGAGGCCUUACUGGGACAUGUCCAAUCAGGAUGUGAUCAAUGCUAUUGAACAGGAUUAUCGCUUGCCACCCCCCAUGGACUGCCCCAGUGCCUUGCACCAACUGAUGCUGGACUGUUGGCAGAAAGACCGCAACGUGCGACCUCGCUUUGCAGACAUUGUCAGCACCCUGGACAAGAUGAUCCGUAACCCUACCAGCCUCAAAGCUGUAGCCAACAUGCCUGCAGUGCCUUCACAGCCACUGUUGGACAGAUCCAUACCGGACUUCAACACCUUCAGUUCAGUCGAGGACUGGCUCAGUGCCAUUAAGAUGAGCCAGUACAGAGACAACUUCCUCAACUCAGGCUUUACCUCCCUGCAGCUGGUGGCUCAGAUGACCUCAGAGGACUUGCUUAGAAUAGGAGUGACCCUGGCAGGCCACCAGAAGAAAAUCCUCAGUAACAUUCAGUCCAUGAGGGUGCAGAUGAGCCAGUCACCUCCAACUAUGGCAUGACUGCAGGAGGCGCUGUGCCACGGAAAGGGCAGCAUUCGCAGGACCAACAGCAGCAGCCCUCGAAUGACCCCCGAUCCAUCGGAACGCGCCAGAGUCGAGACUAUCGUCUUAAUCUAACAAUCUAGCAUGGCAACAGGAGACCAGGGUCUACACUCCCACAUGGAUGACAGUUGUCAUACUAUCUGCACUCCAUCCCAGGCAUUCAGGGUCCAGACCUGGUACUGUUUCUUCAUUGAUCACAAAAGGAGGACAAAUGUCAACGGCUGUGGUUUCAAACUGCUUUUGUGUCACCGUAAACUGAAACAACUCCAACAAUCAGACAACACAGGGAGCAACUCACAAGUUCUAGCUUUGUGGUAAAAUGAGUGAAACUGUUCUAUGUUAUCUGGAGUAAAACGAAACAACAAAAAAAUAUAUAUAAUCGUAGACACGAGUGUGAGACAUUUAGAAACCUGUGACCUGUGAUUUUUAUCCAUACUGUUGUCAGUCUGUGAAAUGAAGAUGCCUUCACCUGGUGAGACGAAAAGGCCCGGAAGACGAAGAAGCAAAUACCAGUAGAAGCAACUGGAGGGAGACGUAUACAGGGAUGUACAGUAAAGCACCAUUUUCAAUUUAGCAUUUUUUUCUUUUCUUUUUAUUUUUUUGGUUUGCUUUUUUAAAAAUGUUUGUUUCAGUAAUGUAUCUUGAAUGAACACAUGAAAUGUUAAUCUUGUUUAUAUACAGUAUAUUGUUUUUUUUUUUUGUUUUUUUUUUAACAUCUAUUUGUUUUGCCACUAUAGCAAGAUGCCGCCCACUUGUCUUUCAACUAAAACACUACCUGUGGAGGUCUGGUCGGAAGGCCUUGCCAAAUGACAUUAUAACCACCUCCGCCCAGAGAAUUUAAAUAGGUUUAUCACUUGUUAAAUAUGAUUAUAUCUUUCAGAAUAAACCUUCAUAUUGAAGGUGUUAUAUAUGAAUAUGUAUGUACAGUACUCUCUGCUUGCAUUUUUGGCAAAGACGUGUUGACUAGAUUGUGAUAGACACAUGCGAUGUGUAGUUUCCUAUAAUGCCCUGUUUUCCUAAUUGAACAACAAACAAUUGGUGUACAUCUCCAUGUUCCAGGGGCAACGCAAUGAUUUUGUGACAGAAUCCUAGCUGAGGAAAAUGUCCGAUUAAUCUUGGGUAAAGAACUGUUAUUGUAAAGCUAUAAGAAAAUUGUUGUAGAAGUUUAAAUAAUUGAAAAAAAA